AAUAAUUAAAAAAAAAACACAAGAGGCGAAAACCAAUCUAGAAGCGAAACCACCAUGGAUAAGUGAGAGAGAGAGAGAGAGAGAGAGAGAGUUGUAAAUCUGCAUUUCUCAUUCUACAAAUACCACUAGGCACAGGCACCUUCAAAAACCUCUACCAAAGUAAUUUGAUAGUUUCUGUUUUAGAAGAUAAGGAGAAAUGGAAUCGACGGAGUCGUCUUACGUCUCAUCACCGGAGCAACUGCAGAAGAGAUCUCCUCCACCGCCUGCAUCGCCGCCUUCAGAUUCAGAAGAGAAGCCGACUUAUACCAGGUUUCUCGUGUCAAAUGCGGCAGCUGGUUCUGUGAUUGGAAAGGGUGGUGCAACAAUUACUGAUUUUCAGUCACAAUCUGGAGCGAGAAUUCAGUUGUCGAGAAAUUAUGAGUUUUUUCCGGGAACAUCUGAUAGGAUAAUUAUGGUAUCAGGAGGAAUUGAUGAUGUGUUGAAGGCCGUGGAACUUAUAAUUGCUAAAUUGCUCAGUGAGAUUCCCGCUGAAGAUGGAGAUGAAGCUGGACCAAGAAUGAGAGUGAGAUUGGUUGUUCCAAAUAGUGCUUGUGGUAGCAUUAUUGGGAAAGGAGGGUCCAUUAUAAAGUCAUUUAUUGAAGAGUCCCAUGCUGGCAUCAAGAUUUCUCCUCUGGAUACCAAAUUUUUUGGAUUGACUGAUAGGCUGGUUACAGUAACAGGAACUCUAGAGGAGCAAAUGCAUGCCAUUGAUUUAAUUUUGUCUAAGCUAACCGAUGAUCCUCAUUACUCGCAGACUAUGCAUGCUCCAUUUUCAUAUGCAGCAGCGUACAAUUCAAUGAACCAUGGGCCAAAUGGGGCUGCAGUAAAGUUUCAGCAUAACAAGGAUGAUAUUACCAAUUCUGUGACCAUUGGUGUUGCUGAUGAGCAUAUUGGAUUGGUUGUUGGUCGUGGAGGAAGAAAUAUAAUGGAAAUUAGCCAGACUAGUGGAGCCAGGCUAAAAAUAUCUGACAGAGGUGAUUUCAUGUCUGGAACAACUGAUAGGAAAAUUACAAUCACUGGAUCACAGAGGGCCAUCCGUGCUGCUGAGGACAUGAUAAUGCAGAAGGUAUCCUAUGCUUCUGAGAGGGAGACAGAUUAGCCAUCAAGCAUUCUGAAUUAUUCUCGUUGCAAAUUUUUCUGUGGACCUUGCAAUUUCUUUGUUUAUUUGGUGUUCCCUGAAUUUAGUAAGCAAUUCAAAAUCUGUGAUGGAAGGAGGAAGAAGGAAUGAUUCUUCAGGUUUCUAUAGGAAAUCCUUCACAGGGUACAAAUUCUGUUUCUGGAAACAGUUGUUGGAUUAGGCUAUUUUAGCUUGUCUGAUUAUUAGAUUUACCCAUGUUUAUCUCCUUGAUACAGUUGUAACUUUUAAAUUAUUACAUGUUUUACGCCUGAGCUAUGUUUUCAAAGGAUACUUCGCUAUAGUUAAAAUGGAAAUUUGCUGAACCAUUUCCUUGGACA